UUAAACGCAAUCCACUUCAAUCCAAAACCCAGAAGCCAAAAAAAAACCUCUCAUCUUCCCCAAACUUUCUCUUUCUGCAAGAAGAAAAAGAAAGCUUAAACCUUUCUGGGUUUCUUUAACCAUGGCCGCUAAUUGGACAAGGGUUAGUUUCUUGCUGGCUCUGAUAAUGACGGUGGCGAUUCUCACUCCUUCAGUUGUCUCCGGUGAACAUGGGUUUUCCGAUCUUAAAAUCCGUACCCACUUGAAACGACUCAACAAGCCACCUCUCAAAUCGAUUAAGAGCCCAGAUGGAGAUAUAAUCGACUGUGUCCCAAUCACCGACCAACCAGCUUUGGCUCAUCCUCUGCUCGUUAAUCACACUAUCAAGAUGAUGCCAAGUUUCAACCCAGAGAGGAUUUUUAGUGAGAGUAAAGUUUCAUCGAAAACCAAGAAUCUGCAGUCUAGUGCUAUAACUCAGCUUUGGCAUGUGAAUGGGAAAUGCCCAGAGAACACAAUUCCCAUCAGAAGAACGAGAAAGGAAGAUCUUUACAGAGCAAGUUCCGUCGAGUAUUUCGGUAAGAAGAAUCAGAAAAGUAUCCCAAAGCCUAAAUCUUAUGAGCCAGCUAGUGUCCUUACACAAAAUGGUCAUCAGCAUGCGAUAAUGUAUGUCGAAGAUGGGGUUUUCUACGGGGCUAAAGCAAAGAUUAAUGUAUGGAGACCAGAUGUGGAAAUGCCUAAUGAGUUUAGCUUGGCUCAGAUUUGGGUUUUGGGUGGAAAUUUUAACUCUGAUCUUAAUAGUAUUGAAGCUGGCUGGCAGGUCAGUCCACAAUUGUAUGGUGAUAAUCACACCAGACUCUUCACUUAUUGGACUAGUGAUGCAUAUCAAGGCACAGGCUGUUACAAUCUUCUGUGCUCAGGGUUCGUUCAAAUCAACAGGGAAAUCGCAAUGGGUGGAUCAAUCUCUCCUUUAUCCAACUUUGGAACCUCUCAAUAUGACAUUACCAUACUUAUCUGGAAGGAUCCAAAAGAAGGACAUUGGUGGUUACAAUUUGGAGAGAAAUACAUAAUCGGAUACUGGCCAGCUUCACUAUUCUCUUACUUAUCAGAAAGUGCUUCGAUGAUCGAAUGGGGAGGUGAAGUGGUUAACUCGCAGUCAGAGGAAGGACAACACACGACCACUCAGAUGGGAAGUGGUCGGUUCGCAGAGGAAGGUUGGGGAAAAGCGAGUUACUUCAAGAACGUUCAAGUAGUCGAUGGAUCGAAUGAACUGAGAAACCCUGAAAAUCUUCAAGUUUUCACUGAUCAAGAGAACUGUUACAAUGUGAAGAGUGGCAAUGGAGGUUCUUGGGGAAGUCACUUCUACUAUGGUGGCCCCGGUCGAAACCCUAAUUGCCCUUAAGAUCUGUCUACUUACUUGCAUUGCAGAUCAUUCCACAUUAAUCAAUUGUAUAAAACAUAUAUUAUAUGUAUACAACAUUCUUAAUUAUAUUAAUUUCAGAUAUCAAGAGUGGUUUAGGGUUUGUUUAUGGUUUGUGUCAGAGUGUUUCUAUGGAGUGAAGAGAAGAUAAAUUUCUUUUAAGGAACAUGGUCCCAUGUGUAUACUGAAAUCUAUAUGAUCACAUUAAUUAAUUU